AUGUUCGCUGGUAUUCCUGUAGGGAUAAGUGGACCCGGCUUCACUUCAUCAUCGGGGUUGGAUACCAUAGUACGCAUCGAAUGCUCGGGCAUCAAAUAUGGAGACGUUUGCGAGCCUGUUUGUGGUGUGGGGCAUGUUGCAAAUGGGACAAUGGUCUGCAGCGGCGAGACGGAGAUGUUCGAGGGACGUGCUGACUGCGUGCCUGACACCUGUGUUGGCAGUCCAGCAUUGCCUACCGGCUAUGAGACAGAGGAUGCAAAUUGCGUAAACAUGCUUUACCCCGAGACAUGCCGCAUAACCUGUUCCGAGGGCUACGAGAACCUACUUGGGACCUCCAUCGAAGUUCAGUGUACAGCCGACACGUCUUACAAUAUGUCAAAGGGUGACGGGUCUUGCACAGAAUCGCGUUGCUACGCCUUCUCGCCGCCUGGCAUGUUGAACGUGGCCGACAGCUCGUCUUGCAUCGGUAUUGCGAGCCGUGAGUCGUGCUCGCCAGUUUGCGAUGACGGUUACCAGCUGGUUGAGCCAAUCAAUUGCACUUUGGGCUCGUUUGAGAUGAUUCCGGUGGUCUGCGCCUCCGAUGCGGACGCGGAGGCGCUCGAACGUGUCGAGGUCUUACUGGUGGAGAUUGCGUUCGUUGCCGGUCAGACGAAUUCGGGCAUUACGGCGGAGUGGGCUGGCAGUGGGACCAGGGUUCCGAUGCAAAGCGCGCUCGGCGACGUUUUAGGCUUGUACCCAGAGCAGGUUUAUUUUCUGGAGAUGAAGGACCUGAACUCAGACUCAGCGUCUGGUAUUCCAGCGAGGCGUUUAAGAGGAGAGGAGGGCCUGUUCGUCAAGCUGUGGCUCCAGCUGUACCCGAUUAACGACCGCACGGCGGUCGAGGUUGGCCUGGCCGACCUCGGGACGAGCAAUCUCACCAGUCGUUUCGUCAGUUUCCUGCAGGAGGCCGGCGUCGCGGUGCCGGCGGGCCUCCGGACGGCCGCGGUCGUCGCUGGGACGCCCGUGACCACCCUCGCGAGCGUGCCCGUGGCGCGCUGGGUUGCCAGGACAGAGUGGUCCGUCUGCAGCACGACGUGCGGCGAGGGUGAAGUCACCCGCGAUGUCGACUGCCUGACCGGCAACACCAACUUGUGCAACGCAAACGCGCCCCCAGAUUUCACGCAGGACUCGUUCGAGCCAAGCUCGCUCCCCUGCAAGUCGUACAUCGCGUGCCCGUACGACUGGUCGUGCCCCAGCGGCCCGGACGAGGAGACGGGCGAAGGCUGCGAGGCACAGGCGGGGUUCGUGGCCGCGGCCAUCGCCUUCUCCUUCGCCAUCUGCUGCUUCCUAUCCACCUGGUACGUCAGGAUCAUGUGCAAGCAGCCCGUCGGCGGCAGGUUCCGCAUAAAGGUGAAGGGCGGCGAGAGCCGGGGCACCACCAUCAACUGGACCCGGGACGACCACUUCUCCACCGAGGACGGCGUCUCCAAGACGAGGCUCAAGUACUCGCUCGGCGAUGGGCUCUUCGCCUUCUUCCAGCACGAGCGGGAGGCGGGCCGUGCCAUCCUGACGCCGAGCGAUGGGGAACCCAUCGAGCACGUGGACCUUAAUUUGGGCGGCGAGGUGGAGUUCGAGCUCGAGGUCCGAGUGAGGACCCUGGCCACGAACGCGCUGCUCGUCGCCAAAGUCUUCCCCGAGGUCGAGACAAUGCGACAUGUCGGGAAGGCGAAAGGCCUGCUGAUCCGCGGGGGCGUCGCCGCCUGGCAGAUCGGCGAGGAGUUCCUCCUGGGGAGCACGCGCGUGGCCGACGGCCUCCCGCACGACGUCUCGGUCCUCUACGACGCGGAGCAGGACGAGUACGUCCUGAAGGUCGACGGCGAAGAGGACGCCCGGGGAUUCCGGGGGGCCCCGGACGCCCCGGAGUGCAAGCUCAUCCUGGGCACCCCGAGCGCCCCCAGGGACGAGGGCUUCAACGAGCUCCUGCCGCUCCUCGACCAGCUGCGCGACUGCGGCAUGGAGGUGCUGCCGCUGGAGGAGCAGCCGGACGAGGUCCUCUUCGACGGCGACUUCGACCGGAUCAUCUGGAAGAAACGCCAGUGGAUCAAGCAUCUGGACAAAAUGGAGUGGGUCUCCUACCAGUUGCACGUGGAUACCGAGGAUGCCAUGGUGAAGAGAGUGACAUCGAAGGCGCCCAGGGCGGAUGAGACCGUGAUCAUGACGGAGCCGGAGGCAGCGCCCGAACCGAACGGCACAGCGACUGCAUACGCCAUCGGCGACACUGUGGAGUAUUGGUCUAAGACCACGAACUCGUGGUUAGGUGCGAGGGUCAUGGACAUCAGAGGCCAGCCUUUCCACAGCGAGGAGCAUGGCAUGAACGUCUUCACGUACGACCUUUUUGUCAAAUCCGCCGGACAGCGCGUACCCAACGCGGACAUGAAGGACUUGCGCUUGCCGUUCAGUGUGAGUGAGAAGGUGAGCGUGUUCUCCAAGAAGCACGGGGACUGGUACCCGGCCACCGUACAUGCGGCGCCGAGGGAGGCGCAGGACCCGAGGCUCGGGUACGACAUCGUGCUGGAGCCCAGCGAGCUCAAGACGGACAUGCUGGAGCACGCCAGGCAGCUCAAGGCCCAGAAGGAGCUCCAGGGGAACCAGUACGAGGGGAGGCCAGGCCGCGGAAGCCGCAGGCGGCCGAGGAACAGCGGCGAUCAGGACGUCGGUGGCAGCGCGGAGCUCGACUCGGUGCCGCCGGUGCCCCCGCUCGGCGGCAACGCGCUUGCGAGCAGCAGGCCGCGCAUGUCCCGCCGCUGCCCCUCGGACAGGAGGACGGCAACGGCAGCCUCGGCAACGGACGGCCCGAUGCAGGAGGAGGACCUGCCCGUGCUCAAGAACAUGCCCGGCAAGCGCUUGCGGAGGCGCUUCGACGGCGGCAUGCCCGUGCAGGUGUACCUGGGAGCGGAGCAGGGCUUCCUCACGGGCACGGUCGUGGAGUCCGCGGGCGGGCCAGAGCCCAGGCGCGGCCCCCCGGCGGCCACGGCGCCACGGCCGCAGGGGUGGCUGCCGCGGCCGCGCUCCAGGGGCAUCAUCCCGUCGCCGAGCCCGAGCCCGAGCCCGCCCCCGCGGUCUCCGACGACCCGCGCGUGGAUCAGGGCCAGCCCAGCGUCGAGCCGGGGUUCUUCUGCGAGGCGGAGGUCCCCAGAGGACGCCCCCUCGAUGUCACCCUUGCGUUCCAGCGACGACGACGACGACCCGCACGGAGUCGACGUCCGCACCGCCGAGGUCGACGCUGCCGUCGCCCCACAGCGCCACGCGACGGCCACCGUUUCGAUCCACGGCCUGAGCGGACCCGACCGCACCUACCCCGAGUACAUGCUGAGGCCGCUGACCGAGCGGCACAGGGCGCCGUCCUCGAUUCGAGGGAGGAUCUGGACGCUUUUUGGCAGGGACGAGGGCCACGUCCUCGAGGACCUCGACGGGCCGCGCGGCAGCCAGGGCGAAGGAGAAUACCCACCCCUCAAGCGGACUGUGUUUUCGUGGUUCGGUGGCAUAUCUCCGACAGAGACGUCUGUCUGA